CGUGAGGGUGUGGGGGACAGCGGCGAACUGACAAACAGCAGUUUGGUUCUGUUUGGAUUCUGCUCGCAGUCUGCCCACUCGUCAGCCUCGGUCUCGUUAGACCUCGCUAACAAGAAGAGCAGCUUGGAGGUUCUGCACCCAGCUGCAGUGCAUGUAUCAGAGGAAGAGGAGCAAGGAACAAUCACGCUGACCUUUGACCUCCCACGGUCUCCUUCACUCAUGACGAACCCCGUGCUGCUCUUGGCCUUUGAAAGUCCACUGGCACGAGGAGACCUGGAAGCUGCUUUCACUAGUCGGUCUCUGCAGCCAAACACGCAGGCUGUGUGCAUUUCAGGAGACACGCAGUAUGUACUGCUGACAGGAAAAUCAUCAGAGGGGAGCGUUAAUGACAGGUGGCAGAUUACUGCUGAGACAAAACCCCCUCAUAUGAAGCAAAACCUAAAAAGCAUCUUGAUUGGUGAAAAAUCAGGAAGUAACAUCAGCAUGAGUCCACUUCUGUUUUUCUCCGGGGGAACGGGAACUGAUACGAGAUGUGCUUCAGACUCGCCCCCGGCAUCUCUGCAAACCUCCUUCCUUUGUGAGAUGAAACGCUUCCUGGGUGCUGUUCUGCCUCAGGAACACUUUGCAUCCCCUCCACUUCCUCUGGACUCCUUACAGUCUCUGCCUCCCCUCUCGCUUGGCUUAACCUCCAGCCAGACCCUGCUGGCAGUAAUGAUCAACUCCACAGCUCCCACAGUCUUUGGCUUCAGGAGCUGGGGCUCUGUGUUGCCGGUGUGCCACGGAGAGCUGGCCCUGUCUGCUGCACUGUUAGAGGAGCUCAGACAGAAACUGGACCAGACUUUGGUGCAAAUGACAGAUAUAAUCAGAGAGGAAGAGGGGCUGAGGGCUCUCACCGUGUCCCUGACAAAGCUUCUCGUCGGCCCAAGCAGCGCAAACAUUAACAAUUGCCACGGCUCCUGCGCGUUCCCUCUGACCAACGGCAACAACCACGCCAUCCUGCUCAACUCCCACAUCGAGAGCGGCAACGCGGAUGAGCGUUCGCCCUGCUGCGUGCCCGUGGCCUACGAAGCCCUGGAGGUGGUGGACUGGAACGCAGAUGGGACCUUCAUCUCAAUCAAGCCAGAUGCGGUUGCGAGAGAGUGUGGAUGCCGCUAGAGCUGUUCUCUACUGCUACUUUACCCCAGCAUUUAUAACUUUCACACAACUGAUUAGUUAUGUGCAUGUUUCAGUUAUGAAAUAUCAAUUACAAUACACCACAUGUACUUUUAAUGAAAUAUAACUACUUUUAUGCUUUAUUAAAGAUCACAAGUCUUAAAAUUACAAAGUUAAUGUGAAUGCUAUUCAUGUUAAGAUAUUUGAUAAUUAGUGAUGCUAAAAUGAAUCAGAUUUUGUCAUUUUGAAAAUAUUUUUAAUUGGAAUAAUGUUUCUGAGUGUUAAAGUUAAACUGUUAAAAGGUUGAAAUAUAGCCUUCUCAAACUUGUGAUAAUUAAAUGCAAAGUGUGUUUAAAGUUCUGUAUUCGUAGCCAUACAGCUACAUAAGCUACAGUAUAUGUUUUAUGCUUUGAUUUUGGGUUUCAGGAUUGCUUUAUUAGCAACUGGCUUCUUCCUUCUUCUAAUCGCUCCGACUUCUUCAGAUCCCCACCACUGGGUGAAGCUGUCCCAUAUGGAAAUCUGGAGGCAAACAAUGGGAGACAAGACACGUGUGAUUCCAUAUCAACCAGCCCUAAACACUGUGGAAAUCCUAUACUGUUGCAUAAUAAAAAUUCUCAUUUAUAAUAAUAUUUGAGCACGUGAUAUUUAAA